UAAUAUCUGGCUACGCCACUGCCUAUUUGGUACUACGUGGCUGAGGAUUAGCAGCUGGUUUAAUUGAGCAGUUGUAUAUAACAGCCUGACUACGUUUGGAUCCGACAGAGUUCUGAAGAAUCAAGUUACAUUGAAAACUAAAACGGAAAAAAACAAAUGGCACUAUUGAAUGUUGAAAUUAUCUUGACGAUUGUUUGUCUUGUAGCAGUCGAUUGGUCAGAGUCAAGGACAGCACAGUGUGCUCAAACGGGCCAAUUCUGCUCAAGAUUUGAUGGAUGCUGUCAAGCAAAUGAAGUCUGCUUAACACACAAUGGAUAUACAGACUUUUCGGAAUCUACAUUCUGUACAAACCUUCAAAGUAAGGUAAAUGCUGGACCGAAACUUGCCUCUGGCGUCAGAUGCAAUGACAGCAUUGAGUGUAGAGACAAGUGCUGCCGUGAAGAGAAAGCCGUUCGUCAAAUGUCGCGCACCUGUGGCGUUCCAGAAGAUUAUAGAACUCCACCUGUAAUAUAUUACAACUGUAUAACUUCCAGACCUAAAUCCUUUUUUGUGGGUUAAUAUUAACUUUGAUGUACGAACAACAUUGUUUACUUUUACCGUGAACAUUUUACAAUGCAAUCAGAACAUAACGUAGGAGAUAACAAACACAAAUGUAAAUUGCUUGUCAACAAUUACACUGCCAAUCUCGCUCAUGUAUGCUGCAAUAUUAGUAUUAGUUUACACAAACAAAUAUAUAUAAAUGUUAGUGAUUCAUUUAAAUUAAAUAUAUUUUAUGCAACACUAAAUUAUUAAAUAUCGAUAUGUUACCAAUUUUUCUUUACUGCAAAUGAAAAUAGAAUUUAAAACAAGUAUUUAAAAAAUUACGUAAUUUUAAAAAUAAAAACAUUAAACUAAAUUUC